CACAACUUCUCAUUUAUUCCAGGCAUAACAGGUGAAUAUAUAUCUCAGUAUUGUGCUUUGUAGCUGCAGCAGAAUGGCUUCUUUGAAGCUCUUCCACAUCUUCAUCAUAUUAGGAUUAGGAUUGGCGACUGGAGCCUUAGGAGCCAAGCUCCUUGGAACCACGGAGUGCACCUACGGGCCAGCCUACUGGUGCGGCUCUCUCAGGAAUGCGAAGCAAUGCUCUGCAGUGAAGCACUGCAUCCAGACUGUGUGGGAGACCCAGAAGCUUCCUGCCGACAACGACGACAUCUGUGGCAUCUGCAAGGACAUGGUCGAGCAAGCGCGAGAUACUCUCCAGAGCAACCAAACUCAGGAGGAGCUGAAAGAAGUGCUGGAGGGGUCAUGCCACCUCAUCCCUCUGAAGGAGGUUGCCGUUGAGUGCGUGGAGCUGGCGGAUGAGUUCAUCCCUGAGCUCAUCGAGACCCUCGCAUCCCAGAUGAACCCGCAGGUGGUGUGUGCCACAGCUGGUCUCUGCAACUCUGUGCGUGUUGACAGACUUUUGCGUGAACGUAGCCCCCCGUCUGGCAACUCUGCUCCUGGCAACCCUGCUCCUGGCAACUCUGCUCCUGGCAACUCUGCUCCUGGCAACUCAGCCACUGAGGUUACAACUACUGCUGCCACUGACGACUGCAGCGACUGCAACAGGUUCAUCAACGACUACAUCAACAUGGUGCGCUCCACCUCUAAGGAGGAGCUGAUGGACCACCUGCUGGAGAUCUGCGGCCAGCUGAGCACGCUGAGCGACGGCUGCAGCGCCCUCGUCAGCGUCAACAUCGACGCCAUCUACGACUUCCUGACGAGUCAGCUGCAGCCUGACAACGUCUGUCAGCUCAUGGGGAUGUGUGGUGACCUGUUCGGUGGUGCGAUGAAGGCCCAGGCUGUGGUGAAGAAGACUGGUGAUGAGGCUUGCGACUUCUGUGUGGUGAUCGCCCAGCACUGGAAGGAUGUGCUCACCACCAACACAUCACUCGACGAGUUCAAGCAGGUGUUCCCCCAUGUCCCUGACCUCCCCUACAGGUGCUCCCCCAUGUCCCUGACCUCUAAGGGAGAUAAGGCGGUGUGGACGAUGCUGCAUGUGGGGCCCGAGGACCCCUCGUCCCUCAAGUUCACGGGGCGCGACGAGGCCAACUCCUACGCCCUGCCCCGCGUGCCCCUCACCCCCAGCAUCAAAAUCUCAGUGGCGGGAGAGAGCGGCCGGCUGCCGGGAGAUGACCAGGCAUGCACCAUGUGUGAGUUCACCCUCCACUUCAUCCAGAUCCAGCUGCAGGACAACCACACCAAGGAGGCGAUUGAGGCUGCGGUGAAGUCGGUGUGCUCGCACCUGCCCCGCAACCUGCGCGAGCAGUGCGACGACUACGUGGACGCCUACGGGGACCAGGUCAUCGCCCUCCUCCAGCAGGAGAUAGACCCCAGCGUGCUGUGCCCCAUGCUGGGCCUGUGCCCCAGUAAGAAUGUGGGGGCGUCUCCCCCUCUUCCCCUCCGCGUGGGGCAAGCUCUCCCCCAGGCUGACGUGACGUGCGUGGCGUGCGAGUUCAUCAUGGUUAAAAUCAAGGAACUUCUGCAGAACAAAACUGAUCAGGAGGCGGUGCGUGCAGCCCUGGACUCGGUGUGCGGUGUCCUGCCACACUCCCUGGUUGCGCAGUGCACCAAAUUUGUGGAUGAGAACGCGGUGGAGGUGAUGCAGCUCAUUGCUGGUGGUGUGCAACCAGAGCACAUCUGCACCAUGCUAGGCUUCUGCUCACCAGCCGCCACCACCACCAGCAACCAAGGUGUUCUUGCCCCCCUCAGCGCCACCCACCAGCUGCCCAUCACCCGCCUCUUCCUGCCCACCCAGCAGCUGGAGACGCGGGGGCAGUCUAAGGUGUGCGUGCUGCAGGACCUGUGCCUCCUGCUGCAGGAAGUGUGCCUCCUGCUGCAGGUCACAACAACCCCUUUAAUUUACUGCCGAGGUGCAGGAGGUGGCUUCCUGCAGCAGUUGUUCUUCAUGUUCCUGACAUAUUUAAUGUUACUGCAGGAGGAGCUGGAGCAGAAGGUGGAGCAGGUGUGCGUGCUCCUGCCCAGCUCGGUGCAGGAGGACUGCCUGGGCUUCAUCGAGCAGUACGGGGACGCCCUCGUGCACCUCCUGCUGCAGGAGGUGUCGCCUGCCUACGUCUGCAGGAGCCUGCGUGUCUGCAAACAGACUAACCUGCCUGCACUUGAAAUGCCCCACGCGGUUUCGAAGAGGUCUGCCACCCAGCAGACCCCUACAGAGGAGAGCUGCUUGGUCUGCAAGGCGGUCUACAACUCCAUCAAGGGCGCUGCAGACCCUGCCUCUGCAGCGCAGCAAUUCUGUGACAAGCUGCAGGACUCGCAGCAGCAGACCUGCGUGAGCAUAGACGUGGCCGCCCUUACCACCACCGCCGGGGCCUCUCGCACCGCCGCCUGCGCCGCCCUCCGCUACUGCGCCCCUUCCAAGGGCCUCAUCGGCUCCGAGAAGUGCACGUGGGGCCCCUCCUUCUGGUGCCAGAGUCUGCUGCACGCCCAGUCCUGUGGGGCAACCCCCCAUUGCGAGGAGCGGGUGUGGGUGGGGGGCGUCGCCCCUGCUUGAGGGCCCCAUGCUGCUGGGCCCCUUCCUCCUGGGCCCCUUCCUCCUGGGCCCCUUCCUCCUGGGCCCCACUCAACUUACUCAACUUUUAAGUUUUAUGAGUUCCAACUUCGACGUUUCCAAGUUGGAUGGUUUCUGAUCCCGGGAUCUAAGUUAGCAUUUCAGUUUCUAGAUCCUGAAUUUAUUUGGCUGAUCUGAGUUGCCGGUCUAACUUUAUGAACAACUUUUUGCGUUUAAACUUGGCGGGUCAAAUAUUUGUGACUGUCAAGUUCUUAACUUCAGAUUUCUUAGCUUAUUGUGUCAAGCUUUCACGUUCUUAUUGAGUUCUGAGUUCUAAUUUCAACUUGAGUUUUUAUAGUUCUAUUUAGAAGUUGUCAACUUUUUGAUUCUAUUUUGCAGUUUAUUUGUUUGCUGUUAAUUUUUCGUUGCAACUUCAACCUUCGGAAGUUUCAAGUUUUCCUAGUUUGCAGUUUUGAUGUUCGUAUCCGAGUUGUAAGGCCUGAACUGGAGUUCUAGAACAGGUAUUCAUCAAGAUUUGUCAAGUUCGUCCACAGAAAAGUUAUAAAGUCGAAUCUCUUAGCUUCAGAAAACAAGUUUGCUUCAUCGGGGGCUGAAAACAACAUCUACCCUCACAAGGGAAACGUCUACCCUCACAAGGGAAACGUCUACC